AUGGACCCGCAGGGUGUGUUCCAGCCUCAGCAGACGCUCAGCUUCCCGCAGCACGUGGCGUACUUGUCGCCGGACGCGGCGCGCACCGCGCCGCCGGACCCGGAGCGGCCUCACGAGCCGGCCCUGCCCGCGCCGGCCGACCUGGCCGUGGACUUGGAGCAGGCCAUGCGGCUCCCGCUCGUUGCGCGCCCCGCGGUGGCCGCGGCCGACGUCGAGCGGCUCUUCGCGGACGUGGCGGACCGCUUCUUCGACGCCCACCAGUACGACUACCCGCAGACCGUGCAGCUCUACGAGGCGUUCAAGGCGUCGUUCGCCAGCGAGCGGCUCAUCCGCCUCCGCUCCGCGCCGGCCCGCGACCCGCCGCCGGAGGCGCCUCUCCAGGCGCUCGCCCUGCGGCGCCGGCCGUCGUCCCGGCACCGGCAGGUGUCCCAGCCGCCUCAGCACCAGCCUCAGCACCAGCCGUCUCAGCACCAGCAGCACCAGAACCAGCAGCAGCACGGGUUCCAUGCCGAGGAGCGCGUGCCCGUGCCCAUGGACAAUCUCUUCGUGCGGCUGCGCGCCCGGCUGCGGGCCUACGCCGACGACGGGCUGUGGCAGGGCUCCGAGCUGCGCCUGGCCUCGGAGCUGCGCCGGCUCUGGGAGCAGAACAAGCUCAUGCUCUCCUGA